AUGGGCACGGAAGGAGUAAACGCGAUGCGGAUGCAAUAUGCCCCCACCUUCAAGAGGGUAUUACGAUUAGGAGAUCCUCCAGCUUUUAUCGCCUUGACGCCAGGUCUCACUCACAUCUCCUUUACCACCGAAGCUCUCUUGCAGAAUCUGACCACUCUACGCAAGCACAAAUCCCCGAGUGUCGAUACUAUUUGUCCAGAGGCACUGGGAGCAGCAGUAGUUCAAGUAGCAGAGCCACUGGCUCAGUUCUUCCAGCGUUGUUUAGACCAUAAGCGAGUUCCUGCCGCGCGGAAUCUUAAAAUGAUAACACCCACCCACAAAGAUGGAAGCACAACCGAAGCUUCAAACUACUGUCCACUUUCCCUUCUCCCUAUAUUUUCCAAGAUGAUGGAAUUCAUUAUAGCCGAUGCACUGGUGGGCUAUUUGGAAAAAAAAGCACCAUGCGUGCGAAGAAGUGCAGGAAAG